AUGAUGUCCUUGUGCUCUUUGCUGUCGUCCGUCCUUGUCCUUAACACGAAGGGCACGCUAAGCGAGAGCGUGUUCAGCUCACUGGCGUUGGUUUGCCGCUUUGCUGAGCACCUAGAGGAGCGGGGUCAGGAGGUGAGUCGUCCUGCGCUGCUGUGGGUGUUGAGGGACUUCGCCCUCGAAUUACGUGAUGCUGCAGGGCAUACCAUGAGCUCCGAUGAGUAUUUGGAACAAGCCUUGCAUGCCGCAGACGCCCGCGGAGCUGGUAAGGAGGUGCGACAGAACCUGCUACAGUUCUUCAACCACAGGAGCUGCACCACACUGGUUCAGCCAAUAUCUGCGGAGAAUGAGCUGCAAAGACUCAGCGAAACGCCUUACGCGUCUCUUCGAAGCGAGUUCAGAGCUGGGGUUGAGGCGAUGCAGGCGCAACUUGUUGCCGUUUGCCAUUCGCAUCCAAAGAUGGUUGGGGGUCAGUCUCUUGGCUGUGCCUCCUUCGCGGCUCUCUUGAAGCACCUAGUGGAGGCCAUGAACGAGUCCAAGCAGCUCAGUGUAAAGGGCGCCUGGGAUGCCGUGCAGCACACUACUUGCGGCGGACUUGCUGAUGAGCUUCGGGGAGUUGCUUCCCAGAAGCUCAAGCUCCUGAAGUCUGGCCAGGCCCUGCCUGACGGCACGCAGCUUCCAAUGACAGAUGAAGCCCUUCGGGCAUUUUUUCGUACCCAGCGCCAUGAGUUGAAAGACCGAUGGGAAGAACAAGCAGUUGGUGACGAGGAGGUGCGAAAGGAGUACUGGCAAGAACUGAAGGAAACUCUUGCCCGAGAGGAGCUGCAAGUGCGGCAGCACAACGGGCGUCUUGCAGACCAGCAGCUUUCACAAAGUUUGAAGCUGUGGCAGGACUGGCUGGACAACACCGAAGGCACCAUAGAAGAAGGCGAAAAGAUCUCAGCAGAUCUUGGUAAGCUCUUGGAGCACCUGCCUACUACCACUGUAGCCCGAGCCGGGCGUGCAGCCAUCGAGGCUGCGGCCAGAAGAGUGGCAGUUGCUCGCACUUCUGUGGUCGCAACAGUUGAGCAGUCAGCGGAAGCCCAGCGGCGGGCACUUGCCUGGGGUGAGCAGGCAGCUAAGUUGGAGGGCAACGUGCGUGCAGAGCUCGAGGCCACGAAGGCGGCCAUCAAAAAGGCCGCUGAUCGGUGGCGCCAGGCGAGCCAAAGCAAAGAGGCAAAGACAGUGGAGCUGCAGGGGAAGGUGGCAGAACAAGAUGACGGGCAGCAGCAGCUGCAGUCAGCUCAAGUUGAGCUCGAAGAGGCACGCGCUCGAGAGACAGAGCUGCAGGUUCUCAACAAGAAUGGCCAGGAGAAGGAGCUGGCCUUGCAGCAGGAUUUGGAGGCUGCUCGCGCGCUGGCAUCGAAGGCCGCUGCAGAGCGGUUGGCCAGCCAACGUUGCAACGAGGCAGCGGCUGAGGCCGCUGGACGCCAGAACUUGCAGCUCCAGGAGGAGCUCCGCGAGGCACAAGCUGAACUCCAGCGAGCCAAGGAACAGGUCCGAGCCGAGCGGGAAGAGCUGAAGCGUGAGCGGGAGUCACAUCGAGAAAAGCAUCAAGAAAAAAUCCAGGACUUGCACGUGCAGUUGCAUGCCGAGCGGAAAGCGCUGACCGAAGCCCAUGAUUCGGACCGGACGGAGCAUCAGCAACUGCUUGCAGGCGUGCGACAAGAGCUCGAGGAAGAAAGAAAGCUACAUUCAGAAAGCAAGGAAGGGACCAAGGGCCAGCUCUUGGAGCAUGUGCGCCACAUCGGCACUCUGGAAGGGAAGGUGGCAGGUCUCAAUACGGAGGCAGAUUUCCUGAAAGGACGGAUAGCUGAGCUCCAGGACACCUUGAAAGAGUCAGAGGCGCACAUGCUGAAGCAGUCGCAGGCAAUCGCCUGUAUGCGGAAGGACCUGGAGAAGGCAAAGGCAGAGUCUGGACAUGCUCGGGCCGAUGGUGAAGAGAGGGUAUACAAGCUGCGACGAGAUAGCACACGCAAGCUCCAGGAGCGUUUCCUCGGAGUUUGUACUCCACAACUUCCAGCAGGCCAUUCCUGCAGCGGCCUCCAUGCCAACGAGUGCCUCAGCGGCUUUCGCUGCAAUUUGGCGCUGGAGACACCACGAUGCACCCGGGAGUACAGCCUGACAGCUGGUUCACGAAGCAGUGCCGGGCACCUGUGCAUGACCAACUAUGUGGAUCCACGCGUGCAGGAGUGUGCUGAGCUGCCAGCUAUUGAGCUUGAAGAUGGCAACCCGCUAAUCAGCGGACGUGGCUGCCGACUCGACACUGAAUGCCCGCGUCCUGACACUUCUUUGGGCUCGUGCGUCUGCAAACAGUGGUGGGAAGGCGCUGACUCACCUGGCUAUUGUGAGCUCUCUGUCCCACAGCCUUGGCGACCUGCUUUCAAGAGGUUCUGGGAAGAAUCGUCAGCUUAUUGUCACCACAACUGGUCACAAGACCGCUGUGCUGCCGAGUUGAAGAUGGAAGAGGUCCUGGCAGAGGUCCGUGCCGAUGCGGCAGCCAUCUCUGCUGAUCCCACCGAGGUCAAGAGCUGCGCUCGCGAGCUGCUUGGAACCUGGGAGCCCACAGGGCAGUCGCGUGCUCCGGCUGCUUCAGGCGUUGUGGCUGCCGUCGGACUGGUGAGAUUCCUGUCGGCCUGA